AAUGGCGCAGCUGCGGGGAUCUGUAUAGCAAGUACCUGCUACAGCUCCCGUAUAUAUUGGGACAUUUUAUAAAAUAAAAAAAAAAGAGUGUUGGAAAUAUUUUAUUUUUGAAGCAACGGGGAGUCGACUUGUAAUUUGUCAGCUUCUGCUGAAGUUAGCUCGAGAAAAGAGUGGGAAAGGAAUGCGUUACCGUGCGUGCGAAUAAAAUCACGGUCUUUACAUUACAGCUUCAGACUGUCGGAGAUGCUGCAGUAGUGACAGGGUUGGUAACAGAUUCCCGUACACAGCUGGGAAGAGAUUACGGAUAACAACAUUGCACAGAUAAUAUAUACUUUAGCAAGACAGAGCGAGGAUAGACGGGCGAAGUGUAAGGAAAUGCUCCGUUUUCAGAAAAAAUAAUUCAUUAUAACAUUUUUAUUCCAUACUCCUAACGUGAAUUACAAGAGAUAACGGGGAGCUGAGAGGUUUAUGCAACUUUGACUUAUUUUUCCUUCCAUGAAAACGAGUAAAUCACGCUUUGGCUUCUUGGGAAUUUUACCAGGAUCAUGUGGACUCCCACAGAAGAAGAAAAAAUUGGCGUCGUGAUCUGCAGUUUCCGUGGAUCAGUGUCACAGGGCCUGACUCUGGAGAUUGGAGAGACUGUACAGAUCCUAGAAAAGUGUGAAGGGUGGUACAGAGGGUUCUCCAUCAAGAAACCUACUGCCAGGGGGAUCUUUCCAGUCAGCUAUGUUCACUUGAAGAAGGCGAUUGUAACUAACAGAGGGCAGUACGAGACGGUGGUCCCACUGGAAGACCCCAUUGUGACUGAGGUGACAUCAACUCUUCAGGAAUGGGCCGUUUUGUGGAAGCAGCUUUAUGUGAAGCACAAGGUGGACCUUUUCUACAAGCUGCGCCACGUGAUGAAUGAGCUGAUUGACCUCCGCAGGCAGCUGCUCUCGGGUCACCUGACCCAGGAUCAGAUUCGAGACGUGAAGAGGCAUAUCACUGUGCGGCUGGACUGGGGCAAUGAGCACCUAGGCCUCGAUCUUGUUCCACGAAAGGAGUUCGAGAUGGUGGAUGCCGACCAGAUCAGUGUCUCAGACCUUUAUAAAAUGCAUUUGUCCAGUCGGCACAGUGUCCAGCAAAGCACAUCACAGGGAGACAGUGUGCGUCAACGUCAUGGUGAGGCGUGCCGCAUCCCCGUGCCUCACCACCUCUUCCUCAGUCUGAAGAGCUUCACCUAUAACACCAUCGGAGAGGACACUGAUGUCUUCUUCUCGCUGUAUGACGUCAGGGAGGGCAAGCAGAUCAGUGAAAAGUUUAUGGUGAGACUGAACAAGAAUGGAGGACCGAAAAAUCCAGAGAAAGUGGACCGUCUGUGUGCCCUCUUCACGGACCUAAGCAACAAGGACAUGAAAAGGGAUCUGUAUAUAGUUUCUCAUGUAAUCAGAAUAGGGCGGAUGCUGCUCAAUGACUCCAAGAAAGGGCCUCCCCACGUGCAGUAUCGGCGCCCCUAUGGCUGCGCGGUGCUGAGCAUGACUGAUGUGCUGCAGUCCAUCUCCGAGCUCAAGGAGGAAAAAGACUUUGUCCUCAAAGUUUACACCUGUAAUAAUGAAAAUGAAUGGUACCAGAUCCAUGAAAACAUCAUCAGAAAAUCAAGCACCAAGUACACAGCACCCAGCACCAAUUACGGCCUUAUCAUCUCCCUACAGUUACUGCGAGGGGAGAUGGAGCAGAUAAGAAGAGAGAACCCCAUGAUCUUCAACAGAGGUGUGGCGAUUACCCGCAAACUGGGCUUCCCUGACGUCAUCAUGCCUGGUGACAUUCGAAAUGACCUUUACCUGACCUUGGAGCGAGGUGACUUUGAGAGAGGGGGGAAGAGUGUUCAGAAGAACGUCGAGAUCACAGUGUACGUCCUUUACGCAGAUGGAGAAAUACUUAAAGACUGUAUCAGUCUGGGGUCAGGGGAGCCCAGUAUGAGUGAACACCGAUCCUUUGUGCUCUACCACAACAACAGCCCCCGCUGGAGCGAGGUCAUCAAGUUGCCUAUCCCCGUCGAUCGGUUCCGUGGGUCUCACCUGCGCUUCGAGUUCAGACACUGCUCAACGAAAGACAAGGGAGAGAAGAAGCUGUUUGGAUUUGCCUUCACGCCCUUGAUGAGAGAGGAUGGCACAACUCUGUCAGAUGAAAGCCAUGAGCUUUAUGUCUACAAGUGUGACGAGAACACCACCUUCAGUAACCAUGCUCUCUACCUGGGCCUGCCCUGCUGUAAAGAGGACUUCAAUGGUUGUCCCAACAUCCCUUCCAGCCUCAUCUUCCAGCGCAGCACCAAGGAGACACUCUGGAUCACCACACAGCUGUCCUCCACCAAACUUACACAGAAUGUGGACCUCCUGGCCUUGCUGAAGUGGAAGGCUCACCCAGACAGAGUGAUGGACAUCCUGGGUCGCCUGCGGCUCGUCAGUGGUGAAGAGAUUGUUAAAUUUCUACAAGAUAUUUUAGACACAUUGUUUUCCAUUCUGGAUGACAACACUGACAAAUAUGGUCCACUUGUGUUUCAAUCAUUGGUGUUCAUCAUAAAUUUGCUACGGGACAGUAAAUACUAUCAUUUCCGGCCUGUCAUGGACACUUACAUCCAGAAGCACUUUGCUGGAGCUCUGGCUUAUAAAGAGCUGAUCCGCUGUCUGAAGUGGUAUAUGGAUCGCUCUGCUGAGGUUAUCCGCCAGGACCACAUCCAGGAGGCCAUGAGGGCUCUGGAGUACCUGUUCAAAUUCAUCAUUCAGUCGCGCAUCCUGUACUCCAGAGCCACCUGUGGUUUGGAGGAGGAGCAGUUUCGUGCCAGCAUCCAGGAGCUUUUCCAGUCCAUCCGCUUUGUUCUGAGCCUGGACAGCCGAAGCUCAGAGACACUCAUUUUCACACAGGGCCCCCAGCCUCCGCCAGGACAGGCGAGUGGAGCAGUGAGCUGCAUACAGCCCUGGAGCGGCAGCGCUCCUCGGCCUUCGCCUCUCUCAGCUGCACUUCUUAACUCUUUCCCAGCCAUCUUCGAUGAGCUACUGCAGAUGUUCACUGUGCAAGAGGUGGCAGAGUUUGUGAGAGGGACUCUCGGAAGUAUGCCUAGUACUGUGCACAUCGGACAGUCCAUGGAUGUGGUCAAGCUGCAAUCAAUUGCUCGAACCGUGGACAGCCGACUCUUCUCUUUCCCAGAGUCGCGAAGAAUUCUGCUCCCUGUGGUGCUACAUCACAUCCACCUGCACCUCCGGCAGCAGAAGGAGCUGCUCAUAUGCUCCGGCAUCCUGAGCAGCAUCUUCUCCAUCAUCAAGACCAGUUCACUGGAGACAUCUGUUCAGGAGGAGGUGGAGAUGAUGGUGGAGAGCCUCCUGGAUGUUCUCCUCCAAACUCUGCUCACCAUCAUGAGUAAAUCUCAGUCUCAGGAGGCGGUAAGAGGCCAGCGCUGCCCGCAGUGCACGGCUGAGAUCACUGGAGAGUAUGUUUCUUGCCUCCUUUCCUUAUUGCGUCAGAUGUCAGAUAUCCAUUUCCAACACCUUUUGGACAACUUCCAGAGCAAAGAGGAACUGAAGGAGUUCUUACUGAAGAUAUUCUGUGUGUUUCGCAACUUAAUGAAGCUAAGCAUAUUUCCACGAGACUGGAUGGUGAUGCGACUCCUGACAAGCAAUAUCAUUGUCACAACUGUCCAGUACCUCUCUCCAGCACUACACAAAAACUUCACUGAAGCAGACUUUGAUUUCAAGGUAUGGAACUCGUAUUUCAGCCUGGCUGUUCUGUACAUUAACCAGCCUAGUCUACAGCUGGAGACCCUAACACCAGCCAAGAGGAAGAAAGUCCUGGACAAGUAUGGUGACAUGAGAGUGAUGAUGGCAUACGAACUGUUCAGCAUGUGGCAGAAUCUUGCAGGUGAAAACAAAGUCCACUUCAUCCCGGGCAUGAUUGGACCCUUCCUGGGUGUCACACUGGUACCACAGAAUGAGGUUCGCAACAUCAUGAUUCCUAUCUUUCAUGAUAUGAUGGAUUGGGAGCAGAGGAAGAACGGCAACUUCAAACAAGUGGAGGCAGAACUGAUUGAUAAGCUGGACAGCCUGGUGUCAGAAGGCAAAGGAGAUGAGAACUACCGCGAGCUCUUCAGUCUGCUAACCCAGCUAUUUGGGCCUUACCCUAGCCUCUUGGAGAAAAUCGAACAGGAGACCUGGAGGGAAACUGGCAUUUCUUUUGUUACCUCGGUAACUCGCCUCAUGGAGCGUCUCCUUGACUACAGGGACUGCAUGAAAGGGGAUGAAACUGAAAACAAAAAAAUUGGGUGUACCGUCAGCCUGCUGAACUUCUACAAAUCAGAGAUCAAUAAGGAAGAGAUGUACAUUCGCUAUAUCCACAAGCUGUGUGAUAUGCACCUGCAAGCAGAAAACUACACAGAGGCUGCCUUCACUCUUCUGCUGUACUGGGAGCUGCUCCACUGGGAGGACCGGCCUCUGCGGGAGUUCCUGCACUACCCGGCCCAGAGCGAGUGGCAGCGCAAGGAGGGCCUCUGCCGAAAAGUCAUCCACUACUUCAACAAGGGCAAGUGCUGGGAAUAUGGAAUCCCCUUGUGCCGGGAGCUGGCAUUCCAGUAUGAAGCACUGUAUGACUACCAGAGUCUCAGCUGGAUUCGGAAAAUGGAAGCUGCCUACUAUGACAAUAUUAUGGAGCAGCAGCGCCUUGAGCCCGAGUUCUUCAGGGUUGGCUUUUAUGGCAGAAAAUUCCCCUUCUUCCUCCGGAACAAGGAGUUUGUUUGCCGGGGACAUGACUAUGAGCGGCUUGAAGCUUUCCAGCAGAGGAUGUUGGGAGAAUUCCCACAGGCUAUUGCAAUGCAGCACCCCAAUCAGCCCGAUGAAGCCAUUCUGCAGUGUGAUGCUCAGUAUCUACAGAUCUAUGCGGUGACCCCGAUCCCAGAGAGUGUGGACGUGCUCCAGAUGGACCGAGUUCCUGAUCGCAUCAAGAGUUUCUACCGUGUCAACAAUGUGCGCCGCUUCCGCUAUGACCGGCCUUUCCACAAGGGCCCCAAAGACAGAGACAACGAGUUUAAGAGCUUGUGGAUUGAGCGGACCACUCUGAUUCUCACCCACCCGCUCCCAGGAAUUUCCCGGUGGUUUGAGGUUGAGAAGAGAGAGGUGGUGGAGGUCAGUCCUCUGGAGAAUGCCAUCUAUGUGGUAGAAAAUAAAAACCAUGAGCUUCGCACCCUGAUUAGCCAGUACCAGCACAAGCAGCUCCACGGCAACAUCAACCUACUCAGUAUGUGUCUCAAUGGGGUGAUCGAUGCUGCAGUCAACGGGGGCAUUGCCCGCUACCAAGAGGCUUUCUUCGAUAAGGAGUACAUAACCAGUCACCCUGAGGACACGGAGAAGAUCACACAGCUCAAAGACCUCAUGCAGGAACAGGUUCACAUCCUGGGAGUGGGACUGGCAGUCCACGAGAAGCUUGUGCACCCAGAAAUGCGUCCCCUUCAUAAGAAGCUGAUAGAUCAGUUUCAGAUGAUGAGAAGCAGCCUUUGCCAUGGCCUACCUGGCCUGGACAAGCUGAGUCCUGCUUGCUCUGGAAACAGUACUCCCCGAGGAAUCCUGGCCUCCCACAGCCCAAUGAGCCCAGAGAGCAUCAAACUAGUGCACAGACACAGCCCACUGAACUUGAUAGGGUCAAUCCGGCACUCUUCGUCUUCCCUGUCCUCCCACACAUCCAGCGAGACAGGGAACCUGGUCAUCCUGACGGAUGGGAUGGCAGGAGAGACUCCUGAAGACCUCUACCGCAUGCAGCCAAGCCCUUCCUCCUCUAGCCUGAGCUCAACCCACUCUGCCCCAUCACAGAUGAUAAACUCCGCCCCUUCCAGUGCAAGAGGCUCCCCCUCACUUCCAGACAAAUACAGACAUAACCGGGAGAUGCUGAUGCUGCUGCCCCCCCACCGCGAGCGGCCCAGCAGUGCCAUGUACCCCACCAUGACUGAGAACGGACAGGUACAGUGGGAGCAUCCGAAGGGAAAACCAGGCACCUUUUAUUACACACCUACAAAUUUCCAGCGUGCCCUUCUUCAGCAGGUGAUUGGCCCUUGCAAACCCUGCAGUGACCCCAACCUUUCAGUAGCAGAAAAGG